AUGAAUUUUUCUCAGAUCGCGCAAUUGCCUGAGAUCGAAGGUGUACGACUUGGAUCAACUGUAGGAAAAGGAUCGUUUGCAUUUGUGAAAGAAGCUAGUUUAGUAGUAGACCCUACUACUUUGAUUGCGGUCAAGUUUGUGCAUCUGCCGACUUGCGAGAAACAGGGAAUGAGUCAGAAUGAUGUUCUGAAAGAGGUGAAGAUGCAUUCACGAUGUUCAGCACAUGAAAAUGUGCUGAAGGUAAUUGAUUGCAGUAUCUCAGAGCCUUUUCUAUGGAUUGCUAUGGAAUUAGCAGAAGGUGGAGAUCUUUUCGACAAAAUUGAACCCGAUAUUGGUGUAGCGUCAGAGGUAGCUCAGUUUUACUACAAACAGUUAGUUAAUGCGAUUACUUAUUUACACGAGACGUGUGGUGUAGCGCAUAGAGACAUUAAACCAGAAAAUAUAUUACUUGAUAGAUACGGCAACUUAAAGCUGGCAGACUUCGGUUUGGCGUCAUUAUUCAAACGAAAGGAUGGCACUAAAAGGAUCUCAAGGGAUCAAAGAGGCAGUCUGCCAUACAUGGCACCAGAGAUUAUAUACUGUGAUGGAUACUACGCAGAUAUAACAGACGUUUGGUCAAUAGGAAUUUUACUGUUCGUAUUACUUACAGGGGAAACGCCUUGGGAAUUGCCUCAUGAAGAUGAUCUUACCUUCCGUAGUUUUAUCAAGGGUCAAGGGAAAAUAAGUCAGGGUUCAUGGCUCAAAAUCGAUCUUGUACAGUUAAACUUGCUGAGGAAAAUACUACAGCCGGAUCCAGAGAAAAGGGCAUCCUUAUCAACUUUGAGAAACCACGUAUGGUACCAAACAAAGUCUAGGUUUGCGGAUGAAAAUGGCCUUUGUAAAAAUCCGUCAUUACUUGCAGAAAAACUGAUUUCUAGACUGCAAGUGAGCCUUUCAGAGCAUGAAUACAUCUCUUCUACGAAUGAUAUGCCAUCAAAAGACAAACAAAGAAUUGCUUCCACUCAACCACUGGAUAAUGACUUUGCCUAUAUAGAUAUCAUCUCUACGGAUAUACACAAUGGUCUAUCAGCAACGCAAAAAAUUAUAUCAAAUGAUAGUAAUUCAUCUACCAGAGAAAGGUUUUCAACCACACAAAAUACUUUCUUAACUCAAAAUAUCCAAGAUGAUCUGGCAUCUUUACAAUUUAAUAUUAGUACAUCGAAACCAAUACCCAAUUUUUCUUCAAACAAAUUGACGAAAUUCUUUUCUACAGAUGAUAUUGAAGUAAUUCUUGCGGAAUUAGAGAAUGCACUGGUUGCACAUGGUGUAAGAGUAAGUCAGAAUCUCUAUGAAAACCUUUUGGAACUCCAAAGGGCGAAUAAUAAAACCUCUCUAUAUCCUAUUUUUAUUCAAGUGAAAACAUUUGAUAGAAACAGGUUACCAUUGACAGGUGCCUUGGCUAUAAUGCAAUUAGAUGAUAAUUUGAAAUCCAUCACUUUUGAGAGGAAGAGAGGCGAUCCUUUAGAAUGGAGGCGCUUUUUUAAGAAAAUUACGAUAUUUUGUAGGGAUAUUGUUUACGUUAACUAA